GUUCUGACCAUCUUUGAAUCUUCAGCUAGAUAAAUUAGAAUUGCCAACCGAGGCAGGAAGGCUUUUAGUUGUAGAACAAUUUCAGUUUAAAAAACAAAUAUCCUUGGGGGAUAUCAUGGAACAAACCCAACCCCUACUUCGACAGUCUAGCGAAGACGAACAAUUCGUAUUACCUACGGUAAAUAUGAAAGGGACAACUCUGGGAAAGAUCCGAGCCUAUUGGCUAGGCUCAGUGGUGUGUAUGGGUGGGUUUCUAUUUGGAUACGACUCUGGAAUCGUUGGUUAGUAAAUCCGUUCAACGGGGCCACCAGCUUUUUUUUAUUAAAGAUGUUUGAUAUUAAUUAGGACAUAACAAUAGGCGGCGUCU